AUGCUGCAUGCGGCCUCCGGGUGUACAGACACCUCCCUGCAGUCUUUGUUCAGAAGCAGCAUUCAUCUAUCGGGUGGGGCGACGACAGAAUAUGUUUAUUUGCCGAAUCCUCAGCAUCCCGCAGCAGCAGCAGCAGCAGCAGCCGCUGCAGCUGCUUCCUUGGGUGUUCCUGCUGCUGCUGCUGCUGCUCCUGCUGCUCCAGCUGCUGCAGCAGCAGCAGCAGCAGCUGCUGCUGCUGGCGACAUGCUGCUGUUUUUUCAUGGCGGUCUAUGCGGGAGCGACCAGCUGCUGGCAUCGAGUCUUUCUUUUCCUUCAAACAUUAAGCAUUUGCUGCUGAUGAAUAGACAGGGUUAUCUCCGUUCUUCUUCUCCUUCUCUAUGGGCAGAGCAGCAGCAGCAGCAGCAGCAGCAGCUGCUGCUGCAGCAGCCUUCCAGGCUCAGGCGGGGGCGGUCUGCUGCUGCUGACAAAAAUCUGCUGUAUAGACACCGCAUGCGCCGCCAGGCAGCGCUCUUCAACGGCGUAGUCAGACACGUGCAGCAGCAGCAGCAGCAGCAGCAGCAGCAGGAGCAGCAGCAGGAGCAGCAAGGUCUGCAUCUGCUGGGGGGCGUGCGCAGCAUCUCUUUGUUAGACCCCGUGCUGCAGCUGCAUGCAUCUGCUGCUGCUGCUGCUGCUGCUGGCCCCCUGGAGCUGCAUGUGCUGCGGCGUGUUGGGGUGUAUAGGCACCUCAUCCAUCGGCUGCUGCCGCAGACAGCAGCCAGAGUUCGUAUGCCGACCCCCAAGGUUUCAGCAACACCCGUCGGUGCUGCAGCAGCUGCAGCAACUGCUGCAGCAGCAACUGCAGCAGCAGCAGCUGCAGCAGCAGCAGCAAACUAA